UUUAAUAAAAAAAAAAAAAAUUUUUAAAAAACUAAUCUUUUUCUUAUAAUUUUCUAAAUGGAUCCUUUACAAUCCUUACAAAUUGAAGAUAAUACCAAUAAAAGUAAUGUCCUGGUAGUUAACAGUGAAAACGGCGAAGUUUGCAUACAACUGGAGGGCAGUCAUACCACAUCAACAGAAACUGAGGCUGCAAAUUUCAAGGAAAAGAAAAAUGUUAAAUUUGAAGAUGAAACUAAAGAACAACAGCUGAAGGAGGAGAUAGACAACUCAGAUUAUGGAGAAGGAAAUUGUAGGAAUAUUCCAAGUUUUGAUACCCAAAAAGAACCAAAAGAGGUUAGGAUUACAAAAGAGGAAUAUCCAAUGGCUACAGAAGGAAAUAAUGUAACAAAUAAGGAGGCUAAACAAUCGGAGACUAAGUUAGAAGUUUGCACUGAAAUAGAGCCAGCAGAAAGAAGUCCUUCGCAGUCGGCAGCUGCUGAAAGUGUUGCAAACUCUAAGGACUUGGAUAAACCUCCUUUAGAACAACAUGAAACCAAAGAAGCUGCAAAUGAAAAUAUGGAAAUUUCUUUACGUUUCAAACAAAUUAUGGAAAUGUUUGAUAAUUUUACCAAAAAUUUAGAAACUUUGGAUUUAACAUCAUCACAGAAACCAACAGCAACAUCAUCUAAUGAAAUUCUAUGCAGCAAAGCAAAAAGAAAACGUCCCAAGAGUCUGCUAAUGAAAAGGGAACAAAAUUUGGAAGAACCUCAGAAACAUAAAAGUCGCUAUGAGGAAUAUUUUAAGGAGGAGCAUGGGAAAGAAGACCGCCAGGAUCUUCAGCCAACCAAGGAGCCACGUUCUGUUUCCAGCAGCGCCAGUAGUAACGAAUUAACAGCUCGCAAUCGCUUCGAAGAAUACUUAAAGCAACAGGAAAUGGAAUUAAUUUCAAUGGAAAUUGACAUUCAAAAGAGAACAGAAAACCUCAAAGUACGCUCAAUUUCCACUGCUACCAGUAAUUUCGAGCUAAAAACUCUAGGCUGCCAAACUGUGCCACACGAUCACAUCAGUUUAAACGACUUUAGUCUAAUGGAAGUCUCCUCCCUAAGCAGCAGAUGUGAACAACCAAAUUCUCUAAAUAAUUAUGCCCAGCCUGAAAAUGCCUGUCUUUCUGCUAACUUCCCACAACAGGACAACGACAAGAAACCCUUAAUUGACAGUAAACACCAAAAUCUUCCCUUGAUACCCCCUAUAAUAACCCAGGAGCCCUCAACAGCCCCAGCCUUUAACAUCAUUACUAUAGAGGCCAAUGCUACGCCCUCUGCCACGGAAUUGAGACGUGCUCCUUUGUGCCAACGCUUAUGGUCUGUGAUUUGUGACUUUUGUGCGGCCACCUUUUUGUGUUUGCAGGUUAAUAGGGAUUGUAUAUUUUGUUUGGGUUUCUUUGCGGCAUUUGUUGUGAGUGCUUCUUUUUUGACAGCUUUCUUUUAUCAUACUCUCAGCGUAAGUCCAUCACUGUGGCAGACGCCAGAUAAUAUGAGGCUAUAAGAGGAGAAUGUGUAGGCUAUUUUCAUGGUAUCCCGAAAUAUUUUAAAGACAUUUUUAAAUACACAAUAUAAUUAUUUUGUUAAUAAAUU